AUGGCGACAGAUGAUAAAGUUGCCAUCUUAACCGACGAUGAAGAGGAACAGAAGAGAAAAUACGUGCUUGCCGAUCCUUUUAAUGGUAUUUCCAGGGAACCAGAACCACCUUCAAAUGAAACACCGUCCCCAUCUGAAACAGCUGCUAUUCCUGAGGAGGAAAUAGACUGGAUAGAGAAACACUGCGUUAAAAUAAACAAUGAUCUUCUCAUUUCCAAGGUCUUUUAUUUUUUCUUUUACUCUGCAUAUGGCUCUCUCUACCCCCUUUUGCCUGUGUAUUACAAGCAGCUGGGAAUGUCACCCAGCCAGAGUGGCCUGCUGGUAGGUAUUCGAUACUUCAUUGAAUUCUGCAGUGCCCCGUUUUGGGGUGUAGUUGCAGAUCGCUUUAAAAAAGGCAAAAUCGUCCUCCUCUUUUCUCUUUUGUGUUGGGUUUUAUUCAACCUGGGCAUCGGAUUUGUCAAACCCGCUACCUUGCGAUGUGUACCAAAGAUCCCCCCGACAGCUCAUCCCACCAAUUCAAGUCACCCGUUCACUGUCCUGCCGACGAACUCCUCCAUUGUCUCUUUCAUCACCACCUCCCCAAGAAUUCAUGAGAAAAGGCACCUGCUUCCUUAUGAUGGGCCAGUGAUGUCAGAAGCGGGGCCCAAUGUCACAGAAACUGUCAUCUUCUCGACAGCUCCAAACAAGACCAGUGCACCCACUCUGCAGCCUCAGACUGAUGAAGCUACUGACCAUACUGUGACCUUGCACCCAAGCACUGCAACCUCCUCUGCCCCUCCAGGAAAUACAACCAGGGAGACAACCACUUCCGUGGCCACCACCACCAAGUCGGUACCUUCUGACCAAGUCACCCUUGUUUAUGAUCAACAAGAAGUGGAAGCUAUAUUCCUGGUGAUCUUGGUAGUUGUCAUAAUAGGAGAAUUUUUCAGUGCCUCCUCCGUCACAAUUGUGGACACAGUAACACUGCAGUAUCUGGGAAAGCACAGAGACCGCUAUGGACUGCAACGCAUGUGGGGCUCCCUGGGCUGGGGCCUGGCCAUGCUGUCUGUGGGCAUCGGCAUCGACUACACCCACGUGGACGUGCUCAUCGAAGGGAAGGGCUGUAAGCCGCCCGAGUACCGGAACUACCAGAUCGUCUUCUUCGUCUUUGGGGUUCUCAUGACCAUGGCCUUGAUUGUUGCUACCCAGUUCCGAUUCCGCUACAGCCACUUCAAAAACAGUGACAGUAAAGGGAAGGAGGUGGAGAUCCCGCAGGUGGAGAGGAACAGCUCCACGGAGUCGUCUGAGGAGACACCCACCGCCACCAGCCACUCGCGGGCCUUCAGCUUCUGGGACUUGAUCAGGCUGCUUUGCAGCGUGCAGUACGGCUCCGUGCUGUUCGUGGCUUGGUUUAUGGGUUUUGGGUAUGGCUUCGUGUUCACCUUUCUCUACUGGCAUUUGGAGGACCUGAACGGAACAACAACUCUCUUUGGGGUCUGUUCCGUCCUGAGCCACGUGUCUGAGCUGACGGCUUAUUUUUUCAGUCACAAGCUUAUUGAACUGAUUGGCCACAUCAGGGUUCUGUACAUUGGUCUGGCCUGCAAUACAGCUCGCUAUAUUUAUAUUUCCUACCUGGAAAACGCCUGGACUGUUCUGCCCAUGGAAGUUCUUCAAGGAGUGACGCACGCGGCCAUCUGGGCGGCCUGCAUUUCUUAUCUCAGUGCCGCGGUUCCCCCUGAGCUGAGGACGUCUGCUCAGGGCAUCCUGCAAGGCCUUCAUCUGGGUUUGGGGAGAGGCUGUGGUGCCAUGAUCGGAGGAGUGUUAGUCAACUUUUUUGGGGCUGCUGCAACCUUCCGAGGAAUUGGCAUGGCCUGCCUGGUGAUCCUCCUGCUCUUUGCCCUGAUCCAGUGGCUGGCAGUACCAGAUGAGGAAGAAGACAAGACGAUGUUGGCAGAAAGGAUCCCUGUCCCCUCUAGCCCUGUUCCCAUAGCAACCAUCGACUUGGUCCAACAACAGACAGAAGAUGUUAUGCCACGCACUGAGCCCAGGCUUCCACCCAAGAAAACCAAGCACCAGGAAGAGCAGGAGGAUGUGAACAAGCCAGCCUGGGGCGUCAGUUCGUCCCCCUGGGUGACCUUUGUCUAUGCACUCUACCAGAUUAAAGAGAUGAUGCAGCUCACGAGAGACAACCGUGCUUCUGAGACACAGCCUCUGCAGGGGACCAGUGAGAAUCAGAAAAAUUCUCCAGCUGGUGGAGCCCAGCCUGGACCAUGUGAGGCUCCCCCUGACCCGCCCAGAAGCCAGCCAUCCCCUCCAGCAGCCGCAUCUCAGACGCAGAGCAGCCCUGCUCACCCCAGUGUGGACCCGCGCACAGAGGAGAGUAGUGGGGACCGCCAGGCUCUGCCUGCCGCUGGGGGACACUGA